CAUCCUCCAUACGGAGCCCUCCCAGCUGGAACAUGGCGCUGAAUAAUUUCCUCUUCGCCCAAUGCAUCCUCUUUUUCCUGGCCUUCCUCUUCAGCUUCAUCGCCGUGGUGCCCCUGUCCGAGAACAGCGUUGAUUUCCACGGCAAAUGUCUGCUCUUCACCGAGGGCGUGUGGCUGAGCGGGAACAUCUCCCUGGAGAGGGAACACUUCACUGUGGAUGAAUGGGGGCCGGAGUCCGCCUGCAGGUUCAGUGUCUUCACCGGGGUUCUGUCUCUGCUGGUCUCCGCUGUGCAGGCCUGGAGGUCCCUCUUCCUCCUCUGCAAGGGCCACGACGACUCUUUCUUUUAUGCCUUCCUAAAUCUGCUGAUCAGCUCCUUUGUGGUUUUCGUUAUCUUUAUUGCCAGCACCAUCGUAAGCGUUGGCUUUAACAUGUGGUGCGACGCAAUUACGGAGAAAGGAAGUAUGCCCAACAGCUGUGAAGAACUCCAGGACAGAAACCUUGAACUUAAUGUAGAAAAUUCCUCUUUCUACGACCAGUUUGCCAUUGCCCAGUUUGGUCUUUGGGCUGCCUGGCUUGCAUGGCUGGGAAUUUCCAUCCUUGCAUUCUUGAAAGUCUACCACAAUUACAGACAGGAGGACCUGCUGGACAGUCUGAUUCUAGAGAAGGAACAUUUGAUUGCAAAGUCAUCAUCCAGACAAUCAAUGCAUGAAGAGAAGAGUGGAAUGAUUUAACCGAAACCAGCCAUAACAUAUUGCAAUAUUUAAAAAAUGAAAGCCACACGGUAUAUAUUCUAAUUUGGUUUACUUCCUUCUAAACGGUUCUGACAAAGUGGCACAGUGGCUUUCUCUUCUCCGCAAUUAGGCUGCCAUUAUUUGCCAAUGAGCAGUUGUUUCUUUUAAGAGAUGAUGUCUGCCAUAUUGCAACAAAUCAUAUCAAGUGUUUGCUGAGAUAGC